GAAAGUUAUUUUGUACUGCAUAUAAUUUUCAAUAAUGUUUAUAAUUCUAAUUCUACAAUAACAACAAAGGACUCAAUAAUUUUAAAGUACCACCUGUUACUUGCAAAUUUAUUAGCGCACAGACUGAAAAGGAUAACAAUUAAGAUAAAAUAAAAAAAAAAGUUUACCUGAAUAAGUGCAUUCUCAAAAUCCAUAUUUAACAUUUCCAUAUAAAUUACUCAGUCAACUUAAGGUGUCUUAAAAUGGGAGUGGGAGAAACAGCCAGUGAAAUGUGUUCCACAGGUAAGUAGGUCAGAAGUUAUACAAUUUCAAGGAAUUUCAAACACAAACUAAUAACAACUACCCAUAUUAUAUUGACAAUAAUUAUAUACUACCUCUAGGAAAACAAAAAUUUGUUGAAAUGGAAGCUACUCAAAAGACGAUCAGUCAUUUAGAAUCGCGAUUUUAUCCUAAUCAGAACCAGUCAAGAACUUUAAAUAAUUUGAAAAACGAAUUUGAUUUAACAACAAAUUAUAAUUUAAAUGAAAAAAACGUUAAUAAAUUAGAAAAUCAACAAAGUAUACAAGAAGAAAUUUAUACACCGUACAUCAAUUCCAAUGGUUAUUAUAAUAAUCAUAAUUCACAUUUAAUUGCAACUUUACCAAAUUAUGAAAAAAGUGUUUCAGCAGAAAAAAAAUAUGAGGAUAUUGAAAACAAUAACUAUUUAGAUUCCAAAAAUAUUAUUUUAUAUCAAACUUUAGAUUUGACAACAACAAAGGUUCCCAAAAAAACGAUAAUGGAAUAUAAAAGUGAUUUACUUGUUCAAACAGAAAUUAAAUAUGAAAAUGAUCAAGGAUUUUACGGUCAGAAUUAUCAAAAUUUAUACGUUAAAAAAGAAAACGAAUACAAUAUAUCACCUACACAAAAUAUGCAAAAUUUUCAACCGAGUUAUUAUAAUCCAUUUGUAAUACCUCCUAUUAGUCAAUACGAUAGUUAUAAUAAACAAAGUCAAGUAUGCUAUGAAGCGGCAGAUUCACAAAUAUCUCCACAACAAAUUGAAUUUCCAAAACAACUUCAACAGUUAACAGCAAAAAAUAAUUUAAACCAAAAUAAUGUGAUAUAUGAGGAAACAAUUUCACAAAUAUCACCAAAUCAGCCAGAAGAUGAAAAUUUGUAUAUAGAAAGAUCAAUUAUAAAUAAUUCAUCACCAGCAAAUAGUGUAGAAACAACAAAUAUUGGGGAUUCUAAAAACAUUUCACCUCAUAACUCAACUAAAAAUUCUGUGCCACAACUUCAAAGUUUUGAAAUAUUAAAAAAUAAAAUUGAGCAACGGCACCAACAAAAAAAAGCUAAUGAAUGCAGGACGUGCAAUAAAAAUUUUAUUACUCCGACUCAAUUAAAACGUCAUUUUUCUUCAUCUGCACACAAGAAUCAAAUUCUUGCGGGUAGUAGUAUAAUUUUACCCAAUCCUAAUUUCAGACACGAAAAUUUAUUUCCAUUAUUAUAUGGAAAACGAAAACGUACAUCAUCCACAGACAUACAAUCUGACGAAUCUUUAAAUGACUCAAACCAAGAUGAAAAUAAAAACCAAUAUUCAACACUUAUAACAUCUUCAGAUCAAGCAGCAAUUGUAUCAUCUACAAGUAACGUUACAGUGAAAACCGAAAAUUUUGAAAAUAAACCACAGAAUUUGCAACAAUAUCAAUAUUACUAUAAAAAUGCUGAUGUCAGUCAAUAUCUACCGUAUACAACACAAAACUCAAUUUUAUCUACAACCCAACAAACACCGAAUAAUAAUCAAUAUCAACUUGCUCUAAAUUAUCAAAAUUAUUAUCCAGGACAAAUUUCAAAUGGAAUAUAUGACAAUUUUAUUACUCAUACAUCGCCAUAUAAUUAUUCCUUACAAAAUUAUUCUGAUAAUUCAACAUCACCAACGGCAAAUAACGAUUUGCCUAAUGCAAAUAAUCAAGAUUAUAACAAAACUACGCCGCAUAAUUCGAAUGAUACUAUCAAAAUAAUUGCCAAUCAACAAUUAAUAGUUCCACAGUACGGAAAUCCAUAUGCUGCACCAGAAGCAUUUGAAUCACAAUUUAAUCCUAGUAAUCAACAAGUUACACCAGUUUUUCUUCAUAAGUCUACCGAUUUAAUGCAAAUUUCUCCAACAACAUCAAUUAUUAGCGAUUCAACAAUAUUAUCACAAAAAUAUGAUCAACAAUCAACAGUUAAAGAUAAUGUAAAAAAUCAAAAAGAAAAUAAAAAAAAUCCAGCAGUAUACAAAAGACGAAGAACCAAUCCAGCUAAUGAAGAAACUGCAAAAGUUAAAUGUAUAGAAUGUAAUCGUGAAUUUGCAAAAACGUGCUAUUUAACACAACAUAACAAAACUUUUCAUUCUGGCGAUACUCCGCACAAAUGUUUAAAAUGUGGUAAGCGUUUUCAUACCGAAGAAAGUUUAAAUAUUCAUACUGAAAAGCACAUUACCAUUGACAAACCACAUAAAUGUGAUUUAUGUAUAAAACAAUUUCAUCAUAAAACAGAUUUAAGAAGACAUCGAGAAUCUCAUACUGGAUAUAAUGUUCAUGUCUGUGAUCUAUGCAAUAAGGGAUUCAGCCGAAGAGAUCAUUUGCGUCAACACUUUGAAACACAUUUUGGUACUAAGGUACGUGGUGCAAAACCGAAAAAAAAAGUUGUAAAUCCAGAAACUAUUGCUAGUUAUAAUGAAACUAUUAAUACCGUAAGCAGUGAAACACCAGAUCAUGUCGGAUUAAACAAGUUUAAAAAUUAAAAAUAAAAAAAGCAACUUUUUUCUUAUAUUAAUAAAAUUAAUAUACAUAUAUGACUUUAAUAAAAACCAAAACUAUUCAAAAUUUAAUCGAAUAUUUUAAAUAACAAUAAUAAAUUC